GGAUAUAAUUUGCCUUAACUCUUUGCGCGAAGGGAACAAAUUAAACCCAUGCUUUUCCCGUAGAGCUCCAUAUAAGGAAAAUCUUGUCUGGAAAUUUGACAUAUUUAGUAAAAACAUAAAUUAUCCGAGUAAUCCAACAACCUCUAUUUUUUCACUUUGAGUAGCUCAUCAUUUGCAGAACCCAUCUUCUACUUCUUUCUUCUUUUUCUACAGGGCUUGUUUGUUUUUUACGUUAUUAUACCUAAGGGAUGGUUAGGGAUCAAGGAAACCCAGGAUAUAUUCCAUUAUUGCAGUAAAGUUUCGAUUUUUAUUCGUUAUUCCCUAUGCACCUUCAAAAUUUUAUUUAUUCUGCUAUAUAAGGACCAGUUUCGUGUUUAGUUUAAAGAAGAUUACAUGCUUAGUUCAAAAGGCAGAAAAUCUGUUGGAAAAGAGAUGGAAUGUGGAGCAGGCUACAAGUGGACUCUGUGUAGCCUAGUGUGUGCUUAUCUUGAUCUGGCUGUUGCAUUUUUCUCUUUAUCUGCAUCAACAAUAGCUUUCUUGACAGUAAACUUUCUGGGGUUUUGUGGGUUAAGCUUGUUUGGCUUUUCCCCAGAUGUUAUUUUCAAAUUGCACAAGUUCUUGAUUAAAUUUGCCCUUGAAAAAGUGUCAAAACUCAAACUUUCUGCCAUAGAGGUCAAUGACCAAUUGAUUGAAGAAAGGGAAGAUGCUGAGAGGGAAGGUGGGGCUUCAACUAGUUCUGUUUCAGCUGUAACAAGAAAUUCAAGCAAAGCUGAUAGAGUAGUAGUACUCACAGCGGGGAGUAAGUUUGUAGAUGUUAUGGGAUGCGGGCUUAAAACAAAUGAGUAUUGGAAACGUGAUGUCCUUAGUGGAACUGAUUCCUGCUCUAAUGGAUAUGGGCAAGGAGACAGCUACAAACUGGAUGAAAGUCCAUUUCCUAAUGAUACAGAUUCAUCCAGCGAAGAGGUGAAUGGCCAUGUGGACCAAAUCUUGGUCAUUAAUGACAAAAGUUCAGUAAUAAGACUGUUGAAAGAAGCACUUGAGGAAGAGAAAAUCGCCCGGUCUUCCCUUUACGUUGACCUUGAGAAGGAGAGGAGUGCUGCUGCUACUGCUGCUGAGGAGGCUAUGGCCAUGAUUUCCCGGCUGCAGGAGGAGAAGGCCUUCAUAGAAAUGGAAGCCAGGCAAUAUCAGAGGGUAAUUGAGGAAAAGUCAGCAUAUGAAGAAAAUGAAAUGGCCAUUCUAAAAGAGAUCUUGGUCAGGAGGGAAACAGAAAAGCUCUUUCUGGAAAGGGAAGUUGAAGCAUACAGACAAAUGGUGGUUUAUCUUGAAGAAAAAUGUUUUUCGGUUAAUUACAAUGAAGACCCAUACAAGGAAAUUGAGUGCUUGUCAAAAGCAAUUAGCUCUGAUGAUGAAGAAAACCAUCCUGUUUAUGAUGUUCAUGUGGAUGGAUCCAACUUAUGCACCAAGACUGAUAAUGAAAAGCUAAAACUUGUCGAUGAAGAUGAAUGGGAUGGGGAAAUGUUAGAGACUAUUGAAGAAAGGAAUGACAAGUUCAUCCGAUCAAUGGAGAGUAGUUGCCCACAGGAGAGGGCCCAUUUUAAGCUUCUGGAUGAUAUAGCAUGUCAGCUUGAAGAGAUUCGGCAUCUUACGCUCAAUCAUGAAAAGAAAAGCGCACAGUCCAGAGAUGAAUAGGUGUGGAGGCGUGAAGAACAAUCUGAAUGUGUAACUGAUUGAAGAGUAGUGUUAUGUAGAGGUUAAUGACGUUUCAACUUUGUUCAAACUAAGCUUCUCAGAGCUGCUGGGAUAAAUGAAGAGUGCACUGUGACUUUUCUUUUUUAUACCGAUUCUGUUUGUCUCUAAGCGGUUUGUUUGUAAUGGUGUUCUUAUUUUCCCAUUAUGAGAACAAGUUUUUAUUAUUUACUUUGUGGGAAAUGGAUAAAGGGUGUAGUUUUAACAAUAUGUUAAACAUCGUUUUGUUUCCUUCUAUAAGCCUGUCUGAGAUGUAUUUAAACGCAUGUAUUCUGUUCUUUUGGUCAAUCACAAUGGUAUUGCUGCAAGAA